AUGGCCCAGCCAGAAGACAAGGCCUCUGCAGACCCCUCCAAGGAGGAGAGGCUGCUCCCAUCUCAGGUCAAUGGAGCAGGUGAGAUUCCGCUAGGAAUCCUUAACACCCCAGAGCCACUUCUUCGUCUGCAGAGGACAUGGGGAGUAUGGCAGGUCCCAGAGCUGGGUGCCCAGAAUGCAGAGGCCCUUGUGAAGCUGUGGCCCCCAGGGAGUUUCCUGGUCACAGGACAUGACCGCAGCCAGGUCCUGGUGUUGAGGACAGGACCUCUGCCACGGGAAGUCAACAGCUACCAGAUCCACAAGUUUCCUGGAGGUGUAUCCCUGAAAUCUUCCAACCUAUGUAUGCCAGACCUGCCCCAUCUCCUGGCCUUCCUAUCUGCCAGCAGGGAUGUUCUGCCCAGAACACUGCUCUUGCCUCCUCCCACCCUGGGGCCUAGAGAUGAACACACAGAUUCUCUGCAGAUUGGGAGGGUCCAACCUGAUAGCUCAAAGAGGGUGCUUUCCGUGGUGAACCAGCUCUACCUGGAGACCCACAGAGCCUGGGGCAUGGAACAGACCUCCCAAGAAAUGGAGCCAGAGACUGCCCAGAGAUAUGAUACAGCCCCCAGGAACACUACCCCUCACAGUGUCCCUUGGGUGGAAGGCCCGCUCAGCCCAGAAGUACACCACCCUGGGCCGCUUCUGGCCAGCCUGGUGGAAGAGGAUGAGGAUGAUGAGGACAAUCAGCACUAUAAAGAUGAAGACGAAGGCCCUGACGACAUGUUGACCGUUCACAUCCGAGCUCUGGCCAGGGCCCGGAGCAGCUACGUGGCCCGGCAGUACCGAAGCUUUCGGGCACGCCUCACCUCAGUUUCCAGUGGUCCCCACAGGCCUGGGGACCCAGCCACCGAGUUGCUUCAGGAUGUGCGGCACCUCCUUAUUGACCUCCAGGAUCACUUGGCAAAGGACCCCACCGUCAGGGCUGUCUUUGGGAGCCAGAGGCCAGGAGUGCCCCAGAAGGAGGGGGAGCUUGGCCCCGCGGUGGAGGCAGCUGUGUGCCGGGCAGUGCUGGCGCCACUGAAGCCUGCUCUGUGGACGCGACUCCGUACACUCCGUGCCCGGGAGCUGCGGCAACUGCGACGAAGACAAAUAGCCCUGCGGGCUGGGGCGGGGCCUCCGGGAGCCCGGGAGGCGGGGCCUGAGAGGCAGAGCCCCGUCCCCUCCCCGCGUAGCCGCAUCCACUCCCGCCUGGAGCACCUCCACGCAGCCUGCGCCCCGCGCCGCAAGGUGGCUCUCCUGCUGGCGGUGUGCAGUGACGUCUACACGGGCCUGGCUAGUGGUGAAAACACGGAACCCCUGGGAGCCGACGCCUUCCUGCCGGCACUGACGGAGGAACUGAUCUGGAGUCCUCACAUUGGGGAGACACAGCUGGACGUGGAGUUUCUUAUGGAGCUCUUGGAUCCGGACGAGCUACGGGGAGAGGCCGGGUACUACCUGACCACGUGUUUUGGGGCGCUGCACCACAUUGCCCACUACCAGCCCGACGUGGGCCGCGCGCCACAGGGGCUCAGCUCUGAGGCCCGCGCCUCCCUGCGCCAGUGGCAUCGUAGGCGGACGCUGCACAGACCUGACCAUCCGGGUCCCGGAGCCCAGGCUGAUCUGCCCUUCGAAGAGACGUGGCCAGUGGGGACUGUGUCAGAACUCAGUGAUGAAUAGGGGCCUCAAACCCCGGGCUUCUCAAACUAGAGGUGGGAGGUACCUGGGACCACAUCUGCAGGCCCAGGGUGUCAGGAGGGUCAGAGUUGGAGAAAGGAUGAUGAUGCAGGCAGAGGUGGGAGUGGCAUGGCCACAACCAAGAGAUGCAGACACCCAGGCUGAAAAAGACAAGGAAGAGAUUGUCCCCUGGAGCCCCCAGAAAGAACUCAGCUUUUGAUUUUAGACCCUUAAGACUCAUUUUGGACUUCUGACCUCCAGACUGUAAGAUAAUAAAUUUGUGUUUUU